CAGGAACUAAAAUGAUAUUGGAAGGAAAAAGGAAAAAAAAGGAAAUAGAGCCCAAUUUCCAGUUGUUCAUCGUCUACUCUCCAGCGCUCCGCUCCCUCCAAUAGGCAAGUCCGGGUGUUGUAUUUAUGAAGAUUCCGAAAGAGAAGAAUCAUCAAAUCCGCCAAAAUCGAAUUAGCUCAAUCUUCUCAACCAUUCGUGACCGAAGCAGCUCAGAGAAUGAAGUCGUCGAAGAAAUUUUGUAGCCUGGAAUGAGUUUCCUCAGAGGUGUAGUUGACUAUAUUGGGUCGAUCUUCUCAGAAACGAGCUCGAUUCACGAUUCGCCGCAGAACCGGAGCCGCGAGGGUGCUUCAACCAUGGAAGGCGUUAAUGGAGUUCCUGUUUCGAACGAGCGCUAUGCUUCCAAGCUCAAAGGGUACUUUAAUUUGUCACAGGAGGAGAUCGCCAAGGCCGUCAGGGCGGAGGAGUGGGGCAUAAUCGACGAUGCGAUCCUGCACUACCAGAAUGCUCACCGCAUUCUGGCCGAGGCCAGUUCAACUGCUGUGCCUUCGUUUAUCAGUUCCAGCGAACAAGAAAAGGUGAAAUCUUAUAGACAAAAAAUCUCAAAGUGGCAAAGUCAAGUUUCUGAUAGAUUAGCAACUCUAAGUAUUCGAGCAGGUGUUACAUCCCCAAACAAGAGCUCAUUGAAUCAUGUGCAAAGAGCUGGAGUCGCUUCAACAAUGCCAAAUAAAAAGCCUGUGCUAAGGAGCUCUUCUCACAGUGGUGCAAAUAAUCCAAUAACAAGAAGUCAAGCAACUAAUGUUGGAACUUCAAAAUCUAUUCAAGAAGUUCCCGGUGGAUAUGAUCCAAAAUUGGUUGAAAUGAUAAACACUGCUAUAGUGGAUCGAAGUCCUUCUGUAAAAUGGGAUGAUAUUGCUGGACUUCAGAAGGCAAAGCAAGCUUUAUUGGAGAUGGUUAUUUUGCCCACAAAGAGAAGAGACUUAUUUACUGGUCUUCGAAAGCCAGCUAGAGGUCUUCUUCUCUUUGGCCCACCCGGUAAUGGGAAGACUAUGCUUGCUAAAGCUGUAGCUUCAGAAUCAGAAGCCACUUUUUUUAACCUGUCAGCGGCAUCCUUCACAUCAAAAUGGUUAGGGGAAAGUGAAAAGCUUGUACGGACUCUCUUCAUGGUUGCUAAGUCCAGGCAGCCCUCCGUAAUUUUCAUGGAUGAAAUUGACAGUGUCAUGUCAUCAAGGCAUGCUGGUGAACAUGAAGCUAGCAGGAGGCUGAAGUCUGAGUUUCUUGUACAGUUUGAUGGCGUAAUGUCCAAUUCUACUGAUCUUGUAAUCGUUAUUGGUGCUACUAACAAGCCCCAAGAACUGGAUGAUGCAGUUCUCAGGAGAUUGGGUUCUUCUACAAGUACUACUUCAACUACGUCGGUUUCUCUUCAUUACCAUCUCCACCUUUACCUCUUAGUCCCCCUACCUCACCACCUACCUUCACACCACCCAACAACCCACCUUUAAACUCCCAACCUUCUCAACCUUCACCUGCACCACCAACAACCAAUCCACGUAUUCCCACCAAUACUCACACCAUGCAAACACGAUCCAAGUCCGAUAUCUUUAAAUCUCGAGUCCUCAACUUUAGUGCAUAUACCACCAUUCCUCAUGACCUUGUUUCAUACAUUGAGGCAUCUGCCAUGGCUGAAGAAUUUUUUGCUCUUCAGGUCCCUUGUUCCCCCCUCCUGAUAUGAAUGUCGUUGGGUGCAAAUGGGUAUUUCACACGAAAUACGAUGCAGAUGGUUCUGUUGCCCGUUAUAAGGCUCGCUUGGUGGCUAAAGGGUAUCAUUAAAUUGAAGGAUUUGAUUUCUCUGAGACAUUUAGUCCCGUGGUUAAACAGUCCACUAUUCGGGUCAUCCUUACGCUUGCUGCAACCUUUUCCUGGCCUUUACAUCAGAUGGAUGUCAGAAAUGCCUUCCUCCACGGUCACUUACAAUAUGUCUCAGCAUGUGGGCUUUGUUGAUCGAUCAUGUCCCGAUCAUGUUUGCUUACUUCACAAAAACCUUUAUGGUCUUAAACAGGCACCUUGAGCAUGGUAUGAUCGCUUUGCUUCUCAUUUACUCACACUGGGAUUUAGUAUGUCUGCCGUUGAUAACUCCCUCUUUGUUCGGUGUGUUGGUUCUUCCUUGACUUAUCUCCUGCUUUAUGUUGACGAUAUUGUCAUCACUGGUACAGAUUCUGAUUAUGUUUCUCGUUUAAAGCUACAGUUAUCCUCUGAGUUUCAGCUUUCUGAUCUAGACCGCCUCAGUUAUUUUCUUGGCCUUGAGAUUCAUUACACUCCUAGUGGCAUUUUUGUUAAUCGGGCUAGGUACCUUGUUGACCUAUUCAAACAUCUGGAAUGUCUGCAGCCAAACCUUAUCUCAUGCCCAUGUCUACCAUUGUUGAUCUUCACACCUUUGCACCACCUUUCUCUGAUGUUAUUCUUUACCGACAAUUAGUGGGCUCAUUACAGUACCUCACAUUUACUCGCUUAAACUGAUUUCUCAUUCAAAUGCCCCUUCCUCUA